AUGUCGGACUUUGGAGACCCCAGGAUGACGGUGCAGGCACUAUCUCCGACGGAUGCAGAAUGGGACGGGCCCUUAGGUCUGUGGCCCCACAGGGCUCGCUUUCGGUCGAGGCCCCGCGGAGACCCCGAGGGGCCGUUUUGUAGGGUGAAGGUGCACCGGGAUGGGGAAUGGAGCCGCCGUCCUCUGGAGGUUGUGGGUCUCCUCACCAGCUACGACAGCAGGUUCCUGAAGGCGCUGAGCGGGUCAAUCUGGAGCGAGGAGGAUUUGGAGGCGUUUGGGGUCUGCCCCACAGAUGUGCCCCGGGGUCUCCUGGCCUCUCUGCAGCGGGUCGGCGCUCACCUGGAUGACCCGGGCGAAAACAGGCUUCUGUGGCUGCACCUGGAAGAAGGUAGGUGUCCCUUUGCCUUUGCAAGCGCCUUGUCCCUUUAUUACGUGAAAUGGGAGGCUGAAACGAAACUCCUCUUCCAGCUGACCUUCCAGGAGCAUGCCGGGGGCUUUCUGAGGUCCCUGCAGCUGGCCCUGCUGAUAUUUUACCAAGGCGUAAAGGAAUCGGGGGGUGUUGGGACCCCAGAGAAAUUCCUGGUGGCAGGGGAUGGUCUCCAUCCUAAACAGGUCGUCUGUCUCUCCAGAAGAACCCGGUACCUUGUCCUUCAGGGGUCGGCGAUGUCAGGCAGACAUUCACUGGGGCAGCUCAGCUUUGAGGUUUCCUUGGCAAUCAGGCGCCAGAGCAGCAAUGGCACCGGCCUCUCCCAACACGAAACCCAAACCUCCCUGUUUGGUUUCGACCCAAAAUGCUUCACCCGCAUGACUCCGGCUGUGUUGCUCCUGGCCAGGCUGAGACCACGAGUCGCUCAAUCAUUCUUCCCUCCUCAUCUUUCCCUCGCCGACGACGGCAAGUUGGACAUGGUCACUUACCUGAACCACAGUGGAUCCCCGACGUUGGCCACGGCCGAUGUGCAGCCCGCCCAGGCGAACGCCACCUCCGCCCACCCAGCACCCUCGAGCACCGGCCGUUUCCUCGCCGCUCUCUCCCAGUUCGUCAACAGGGUCCUGAGCCCUUCCGGAGAGCCACCGCCGGCCCCCGGGCCGCAGCUGCGGCUGAACUUUGACACCAUGGAAGCCCUCCCUCACCGGGUGCUCAACCUCUCCGAGAAGGUGGCGUUGGAGCGGCUGGUCCAGUCCGAAGACCCCCUGGUGGUCUUGUUCCCUGAAAACAGCCAGGCCUUGAUGGAGAGCCACUUGGCGCACUGGGCGCUGGAAGGGAAACUGCUCCGUCAACUGCUGCAGAAAAUGCGGGAAGUGAUUCGGGAGCUGGCGGCCUCCCCGUCUUUCCGGGAUCAUGAGACCCUCUUCCACGGCCUCCUGGCCUUCUGCUACUACCCUCCCGGGGUCCCCGGUGGCGGCGAUCCCGAGGAGUCCGCAGACGGCUCUCGUGGGCGGCGGAAGAUCCACAGCCUGCUCCUUCUCAAAGCCUUGCAGGCCCUGCGCGCCCGCUGGCGGGGGUCCCGGAAGGCGGCCCCCCGCGCCAACCGCAGCACCCAGGAGCGCGACGACUACUGCCGACUGCGCAAGCUGAGGAUCGAGCUGGUGUCCACAGGGUAUAUCAUCUUCCCCGAAUGGUACGACGCCAACAACUGCGCCGGGCCCUGCCGCUUCCCGCUGUCGUCCCGCGUCCCUGACUACUACUCGCACACGCUCUUCCUGCUGCGGGUCCAGGAGCAGGGGCUGCCCCUCGAGAGAGCCCCCUGCUGCAUCCCUGUCAGGUACUCGAGGAGCAUCAUCGUCACCUUCACCAACGACCAAGGCAUGAAGGUGAAGGCCUACCCUGACAUGGUGGCCGAGGAGUGUGGCUGUCGGUAGAGAG